AGUUUCUUGAGCUGGAUGAGCUCGAGGGCCUCCUUUGCGUGCUCGCAGAGGCCGCAGUACUGUUUUGUGAAGAGGGUGAAAGCUAGCCUGGGUGGGGGCAUUGUUGUGGGGGAUCUCCAAUUUCUGCAAUGGGAAGCUCUACAGUAUAGUCUAGGGUCUUCCCCUCCUUGGCGGUUUGCUCUCAACGGGAAAGGCUCAGCUUCCAUCCCGUCCACUACCCCAACGCAGUUUCCCGUUCGCAACCUGCGACGUAGACAGACAACACUCCUGCAUAUACACACUCCAGCCGACUCGGGGCCGAGGCGGAAGAAAGCUCUCUGUCGUCUCACUCUCCAUACCCGCCCACCAACGUCCGCCAUCGACUCACCAGACACCUUCCACCGAAAAUGGGCUCCCCAAGAAGCGCAAGCCCAAACUACACCUCCAUAUCCGUCGACCCAGGCUCCCACCCCCUCUCCUCCCACUCCUCACACCAGCCAGCACACCACCUAGGCGAAACCGACACCUAUGCCUCCUCCAUCCCCCUCCAACCCCGCCCCUCCGACUCUUACUCCGACAAGGCCCCUGUAACCUCCUCACCAACAAGCGUGCUAUGGCUCCUCCUCGCCAGCAACAUCUGCACGCUGCUUUUUACGAUUGUGCCUGUGUUGUUGGAUUUCCCGGCGCUGAAAGGGCCGCAGUGGUAUGUGGGGGAUGAUGUGGUGCGGUUGGUGGAGCCGUUUGUGGCGGUGCCGUUGAUGUUUGCGUUGGUUUUGGAGUCGGGAGUGUUCGCAACGGGCUCCAGGAGAGCGCAAUAUACGAUAUCAACCCUGUUUAUGCUCGCAGCAACCCUCUACACAACCGGCGCCGCCUUCCACUCCGCCGCCGCCAUGUUCAAACACCCCCUCGCCGACUUUAUCCUCACCCACGCGGACCUCGUCGUCGCCUACCCUUUCCUCACCGACCUCCUCCUCUGGAUCCGCACCACAUGGGAACACAACGUGAGCCAUUACAUGUAUGCCGCGGGCGGGAUGUGCAUGUCCUUUGUAGUUGCGUAUGUGUAUCGCGAUGUGAAUGCGCACGACGGGUUCGGAGUGGUGCAGAGGACGGUGUGGGCGGCUGCGGCGGUGAUCUAUGGCCUCAUCAUCGGUUCCGUCGCGAUCGAGUUCCCUAUGGGCUCGCUCGUAGCCCUCAUUCUCAUUUUGGGGUACGGGUUCGGCAUCCUCGCGACGUUCCUGUACCGACGGGAAGGCUUCAGGGGCAUGUUUAGGUGGGGACGGCGGUAUGUGGUGCAGUACUAUGUAAUGUCCUAUUGCAUCGGGCUGGUGAUUGUGGUGGCGUGGAUGGUGCAUGCGAAGGGGUUUAGGAAUAGGGAGGAGAUCGGGAACAAGAUUUCGUGAGGCGGCGUACAGUGUAUCACUGUAUCACUGUACUGUACAUAGUGUAUCAUAGGGGCCAGGUGCUUCUCAGCAGUCCCCACCUGAACAAGAAUAAACAGCUUUUCAAUCCUAUGUGCAUACAGUACAUCCCUCAUGGCGCACCUCACCCCUGCCUCAUGUAACUGCACACUGCCCAACUUCCACCACCCCCCCAGCCCACCACACGCUCCCCACCAGCACCCCCAACACCCCGAGCCCGCCCAC